ACGUACUGCGGCCCCCGCAGCCAAUCCGGAAGCGCACAUCGCGUUCAAAUAGAGACGGCGGGUGAAUGUGGCCAAGUCGAUUUGAUCAGAAAAGUCGUCAAGUUGAACAUGUGGAGGGUCAAAACACUGAAUCCCGGCUUGUCGCCUUCGCCUCAACCGGGAAAACCGGCUAUGAGAACUCCUCUCCGAGAGCUUCAACUGCAGCCCGGAGCCCUCACCGAUUCAGGGAAAGGACCGCCGAUGUUCUCCUCGCUGACCCCAUACCUGCGCAAGCUGGAGCUGAAGGAAAAGCGCAACAACUCAUCUCCAGUGGAUUUUAUCAAUACUGAGAACAACUUCCUUUCAGAACAGUUCAGCCCUCCAACAAAAUGUAUAGAAGCUUGUCAGCAUGAAUCUGAACCAACUCCUGAAAGCAGCUCUCCUCUCAGUACAGUGGAGAAAGCAAUAGAAACAAUGGAUGACUCUGUAGUAGACCCAGUGGAUGAACGUGUAGUUGAGACCAUGGUUCUUUUACCCUUUCCACUAGGGCAGCAGCAAGAGCUGAUGCUUGAGGCUCACUUAGAUGCCAUGGCGGAGAUAAACAGCAGUCCUCUAAAUGAGUCCUCGAGGCUGGAAGAUCUGGUGGAAAAGGAGGUAGCACCUUGUGUUGAAGACAGCUUUACAGAAGUUGUUACUGUUAGGCCUGAGCAACCUCCAUUUCAGGACCCUCCAUCUCAUCUCUUGAAAUAUCCACCCAAACCCUGUUCUGAACAAUUCCACUGCUCCAAAGAAAACCUAAGAGGCCUUAACACUGAAGCUGCACCUGAGGACUUAGUACCUUCUGAAAAUGUCUUGAAUUUCUCAGUGGCCUGGCUUUCUCCUUCAGCUGCCUUGACCGAAGAUUUCCCUGUUCAUCAUGUAGAUCCAGGGGAGGAAACUGUAGAGUACAGAGUUACACAGGAAAAUCCAGGGGAGGAAACUGUAGAGUACAGAGUUACACAGGAAAAUCCAGGGGAGGAAACUGUAGAGUACAGAGUUACACAGGAAAAUCCAGGGGAGGAAACUGUAGAGUACAGAGUUACACAGGAAAAUGAAAAGAGCUUUCCCACAUGCCCUGAGGAGGUUGAAUUGAGAGACCAAGCACUUGCUGCAAAGGCAGAAGAUGAUCCAUCGUUGUGUCUGACAUCAAAUCUAGUAGAAAUGGGACCCCAGGAAGCUCCAUGCCCAACUACAGAAGGUGCUGGUAGAAAUCCUGGCUUAGAUGCAGAGACGUGGAUGUCCCCAUUGGCCUGGCUAGAAAAAGGUGUGAAUACGUCAGUCAUGCUACAAAAUCUCCGCCAGAGGUUAUCCUUUCCUUCUGUGCUUCAAGAUGCUGCUAUUGGCAACACGCCCCUCUCCACUUGUUCUGUGGGAACUUCUUUUACUCCUCCAGUGCCACCAGAAGUAGGCACCAAGCACAGUACUUCAGAGACAGAGCGCCUCCUCUUAGGCUGCGGUCCUCUGGAUCUGACUGCCUUGUCCCGACAUGACUUGGAGGAGAACCUGUUGAACUCCCUUGUUGUGCUGGAAGUUCUUUCCCACCAGCUACAAGCCUGGAAGAGGCAGCUCACUGUCCCUCGAGGGGAAUCUCAAGACAGUAGCACACAGACUGACCGCUCUCCUUGUGGGGUCACUAAGACACCUAAACAUCUUCAGGACAGCAAAGAGAUUAGACAGGCUCUGCUGCAAGCCCAGCCAGUCAUGCAAUCAUGGAUGUUAGUCUCUAGAGAACUGAUAUCUUUGCUUCACCUGUCCCUGACACACAUGAAUGAAGACAGAAUGACAGUGAGUCAGGAGUCUCGGCGUGCAGAAACCCUGGUUUCCUCCUGUUCUCAUGUACUGAAGAAACUGAGGGCAAAGCUCCAGAGCCUCAGAACAGAAAGGGAGGAGGCAAAGCACAGAGAGGAGAUGGCCCUUCACGGCAAAGAUGCGGCAGAGGCAGUACUGGAGGCUUUCCGUGCACAUGCUAGCCAGCGCAUCAGCCAACUGGAACAGGAUUUUACAUCUAUGCAAGAGUUCAGAGGCCUUCUACAGGAAGCCCAGACCCAACUGAUAGGGCUUCACACAGAGCAAGAGGAGCUGGCUCAGCAGACAUUGAGUCUGACUUCUGCUUUGCAGCAGGACUGGACAUCAAUCCAACAGGAUUGUGGAACAUGGGCAGCUUUGCUGAGUCGGUCUCGAGAACUCACAGAGAAACUCACAACCAAGAGCCGGCAGGCCCUUCAGGAACGUGAUGCUGCAAUCAAGGAAAAGAAGCAGGUUUUGAAGGAACUUGAACAAGUGUCUGCCCAUUUAGAGGACUGUAAAGGCCAAAUAGAACAACUGAAAUCGGAAAAUAGUCGCCUUACCACAGAUCUCUGGGCUCAGCUGCAGAGUCUAACUAGCACAGACAACCAACUAAAAGAACUGCAGAGCCAGCAUACCCAUUGUGUCCAGGACCUGGCCAUGAAGGAUGAGUUGUUGGGUCAACUUACCCAGAGCAUCAAGGAACAGGCUGCACAAUGGCAAAAGGAGGAAAUGGAACUGAAGCACACACAAGCAGAGUUGCAGUGUCAACAGGCUGUGCUGGCUAAGGAGGUACAGGAUUUGAAGGAGACCUUGGAGUUUGCAGACCAAGAGGGUCAAGUUGCUCAUCUGGAGCUGGGCCAGAUUGAGUGUCAGCUGAAAGCCACACUAGAAGUGCUGCGGGAGCGCAGCCUGCAAUGUGAGGCCCUCAAGGACACUGUGGAGAACCUGAAGGCUGAGCUGUCCAGCACUGUAGCAAAGCAUGAGAAACAGGCUCUGGAGAAGACAUAUCAGCAUUCUCAAGAGCUGAGGCUGCUAUCCGAGCAGCUGCAGAGUCUCACCCUCUUCUUACAGGCAAAACUAAAGGAGAACAAGGCUGAAUCAGAGAUCAUUCUGCCCAGCACAGGUUGUGCUCCAGCCCAGGAACACCUUCUGCCUGAUGAUAGCACUGCUUCAGAAAAGGCCCUGACAGCAGUGGCAGAUGAAGAGCCAGAACCAGUUCCCGUCGUGCCAUUGCUUGGAAGUGAUAAGAGUGCUUUCACCCGAGUAGCAUCAACGAUUUCCUUUCAGCCUACAGAGACCCCAGGACUGGAGAAGAGCUCAUCAGAAAUGAGUACUAUGUUACUAGAGCUUCAGAGCCUGUGUUCUCUGCUGCAGGAGUCUAAAGAAGAAGCCAUUGGGGCCCUGCAGAGAAAAAUCUGUGAAUUGCAGACUAGACUGCAGGACCAAGAGGAAGAGCAUCAGGAAGCCCUGAAGGCAAAGGAGGCAGACAUAGAGAAGCUGAACCAGGCCUUGUGCUUAUGCUAUAAGAAUGAAAAGGAGCUCCAGGAAGUGAUACAGAAGCAGAACGAGAAGAUCUUAGGGCAGAUAGACAAGAGUGGUGAGCUCAUAAGUCUCAAGGAGGAGGUGACCCAGCUCACACGUUUACUGCGGCAUGCAGAGACAGAGACGAAAGUGCUCCAGGAAGCUCUGGAGGGCCAGCUAGACCCCAGCUGUCAGCUGAUGGCUACUAACUGGAUCCAGGAAAAAGUCUCUCUCUCACAGGAGGUGGACAAGCUGAGGGCCAUGUUCCUGGAGAUGAAAAACGAGAAAGCAAAACUGGUGAUCAAGUAUCAGAGCCAUAGGAACAUUCUUGAGGAGAACCUUCGGCGCUCUGACACUGAGUUAAAGAAACUGGAUGACACUAUCCAGUAUAUCUACGAGACUCUGCUGUCUGUCCCAGAGGUAGUGAAGAGUUGCAAAGAACUACAAAGAUUGCUGGAGUUUCUGAGCUAAGAAACUGAAAAUAUUGCACCUGCAGUUCCAGCUACUCCGGAGGCAGAGGCAGGAGGAUUGCUUACUCCAAGAGUUUGAGACUAGAGUGGACAGCACGGCAAAGAAACUGAAGGCUGGAUUCCACUUCAUUCCCUUCAGGAUCCCUUACCCCAGUAAUAGGAAUUGGCAUAUAGCCAACUGUUUUUAUGUUAUUUAAAUAAAGUAUAUUUAAUGUA